AUGGCCGGCCAGUCGAAGCCCGCACUUUCCCCUUGGGGAAGUGCCGUCGCGGGUGCUACAGGUGCAGUUCUAGCAAACGCUUUGGUCUACCCUCUUGAUCUUGUCAAGACGAAACUCCAAGUACAAGUCAAGACAAGCGACUCGAAAGACGAGAAUGCCGAAACAGUUCACUAUAAAUCGACAUUAGAUGCGAUCACCAAGAUUGUCGAGAAGGAAGGAAUCGAAGGCCUAUACUCCGGAAUUGCCGGCUCUCUCAUCGGUGUGGCGUCCACCAACUUCGCCUACUUCUACUGGUACACCGUUGUGAGGGCAUUCUACAUGGCAUCCAACAAGGUUCCUAAACCUCCUGGAACUGCCAUUGAGCUUUCCCUCGGUGCCGUGGCGGGCGCGGUCGCCCAGAUCUUCACUAUUCCCGUUGCCGUAAUCACCACACGGCAACAGACACAAGACAAGAGCGAGAGGAAGGGUUUGAUUGAAACUGGAAAGGAGAUUGUCGAUAGUGAAGAUGGUUGGACCGGUCUAUGGAGAGGACUCAAAGCUAGUUUGAUCCUGGUGGUCAACCCGGCAAUCACAUACGGCGCCUAUCAGCGCCUCAAAGAUAUCAUCUUCCCAGGGAAGAACAAUCUAAAGCCUUGGGAAGCUUUCCUCCUCGGCGCUCUCUCCAAGGCGCUAGCUACUAUUGCGACGCAACCAUUGAUUGUGGCCAAGGUCGGCCUUCAGUCUCGCCCACCUCCGGGUCGCGAAGGAAAGCCUUUCAAAACAUUCGGCGAGGUCAUGCGAUAUAUUGUGCAGAAUGAGGGUCUCCUGUCCCUCUUCAAGGGAAUUGGACCCCAGAUCAUGAAGGGACUCCUUGUACAAGGCUUUUUGAUGAUGACUAAGGAGAGGGUUGAACUUAUUUUCGUUCUUCUUUUCGCAUACCUGAGGAAGAUCAGAGAGCAAAAGCUCAAGAAGCUGGCGGACUCCGCUGCAUCGACAGCAAAGACCAGUCUUCCCGCGACCCUCAAAUAG